GGUAAGCGGGCGCCGGAGACCGUAUCUGGCAUCAGCAUGGCUGCCCUGCUUGUGAGAAGCGCGAUGGCUUCGCUCAUGGAUCCGCUCCUGCACCUGAGUCGCCUCACAGUGAAGCCCCGGGCCUUCUCCUCGUUCCUGCUGGGGACCCUUCCAAGCGCCAGACCCUGCGCAGAGGUGCGCUCGCUUCUCUGGGCCGGCCCCCUGCUGCCCCUGCAGCCCUCGCUGGGCUUCAAGACCAAGGAUGUCCUCAAGAAGCGAUGCCGGGACUGCUACAUGGUGAAGAGGCGUGGGCGCUGGUUCGUCCUUUGCAAGACCAACCCCAGGCAUAAGCAGAGACAAAUGUGAGGGCAGGUGUUCAUAGCAAGUUCGUUUCGCCGUAUCAAAGAAAAAUAAAUGUACGCGUUCUGUAAUCGAAGAUCUGUGGGCCUUAGAGUUUUGUUGAACUCACCCGUUUAACCCCAAUCAUAGCCCAGUUCCUUCAAAUCUAGCCAGACCAGAGCUGUUACUGUUCCUGGAACUGUGUUGAGCCGGAGGACAAAAGAAAUAGGAAUACUAAGCUGACUUUAUCUCUUGAGACAAGAUCUGGCUCCAUAGCCCUGGCUGACCUGAAACUUGCCGACAACCUCCUGCCUCUG